AUGAGACAGCACUUCGAAUGUGUGCUCCCAUGUGCCUUAUCAUGUCGUGUCAUCGACCGUUUCAGCGUUCUUGAGGACAGCUGUGAGGACAGCGAUGGGUCGGUUCCGUUCUGGCUCUUGCUGAAGGAGCUCUUGAGACAAAACAUCACAGCAUGGCCCAGCCUGUUGGACUUGCUCGAAACCAUCUCCGUCACCCUUCGAGGAUCUACUGCCGCGGCUGGCGACUACGGUUCGUUGCGACUAGCAAUUGCGAACGAGUCGUCUUUCUUCACGGAUAUCUGGCCUUCUAUCUUGCGCUUCGCAGUCGCUUUGCCGAAAGUUUUUACGAGCGAAACCAUUCCGAAACUAGCACCUGGCCAAACGCUGAGUCUCUCGCAGAGUCAGUGUGCAUCACUUCUGGCCCACCAAUUUCUUUGCUCAUUUGAGUCGCCAAGACCUGAUUUCUACGACUUCAGUGUCUGGUACGACUCUAGUCAACGACAUCCUCUGGCUGUUUCAGCCUAUCUACAUUCGCUCUUCACUUACUUUCGCGUGCGAGGGACACAAACUCGAAGCGAAGUCGAGGUAAAGGUGGUUGAGUACUCCCUCUGGUCAGCUGAAGCUGCCACGAACCCGGAUCAAGCGACUACGCUAUCCUCGCACUGCUGGGAAACUACACAGCUUUCUAAGAUUGGUAUUAGAAAACUGACAUUGCACAGCACCGAAUUUCACAAUAUUGAACAUUUGGGCAACGCGGGGGCGGUGGUCAUCUCUGCAAACAAGGACAUUGGCUUCGGCCAGUCUGCAACACAGGAAGAGCUUCACGUCGGUGCUGCUCCAGAGAGCUGUGUGGCUGUACUUUUUACGCCACAGUUGAAAGACGAACAAGCUCUCUCCAUCAACUCGGCGCAGCCUAUAAUCCAGUUCAAAGGCCAACGCCGGGAUAUUUCUUGGAAAACACAUGACCCAUUGGUAGCUGGCGGUCGACUGCUGUUCAUGGAUGCGCUUGAGAUUGAUCUAGCCGAUCCUGGUUCGCCAGGCAACGAUCAAAAUGGCGAUACGAAUGCCGGCUUACUACCUGAUCUGGCCGAAAAGAACAUGGAGAGAGAGCUGAAAAAGGCCUUUGCUGGCUUUACGUCCUGGCCUCUGACAGCCGAUUCAACUGUGGUUACAGGAUUCUGGGGCUGCGGCGCGUUCAAUGGCGAACCGACCGUCAAGUUACUAUUGCUUUGGAUGGCUGCGUCCCUCGCAAGAAGAAAUUUGCGAGUCGUCUUUGACGAAGCUGAGUGGGAGUAUGGAAGCUCAUUUGAGAAGCUGAUCGAAUGGAAGUCUCUGAAGAGUGUAGCGGAUGUCAUGUGUCUUCUGCGGUCGGUGCCGAAGAGUACGCGAAGGCUGGACGUUAUGCAAUGGCUGAAUGAUAAUGAGUAA